CUCUCUCAUACACUUACACACAUACACACACUAACCUAGCAGAGAAAACGCUAAUCUAUCCUUUCAUAAACCGACCACCUAUCCCGGUCAGUUUAACGACUGAAGGAGCCGCUCCACCGCGCUCUCAUGUCUCGCUUGUUCCCGGCGCUGUCACCCGCUGUCAGCUGCACCGUCCCCAGCGACAUCGCCAGGUAAACACCGGCCAGCCCCAUGACGACCCCGCCGCUGUCCCCUUCACACAUGGCGGUCAGUUAACCAACUACACAGGACACAGGAGCCGCGUGGACCCGAGGCAUCAUGGAUCUCGCAGCGCCUGCUACAGUGGUAGCUCUCCUCCACUGACAUCCUCCUCCCCAUCUCUUCCUCUUCCUUUCCCUCUCUCAUUUGCCCCUCUUCCUCUACACCCCCAUCCCUUACUGCCUGUCGUCUGUGACCCAGAGUGACUACUCCGCCCCUCCUACAUCAUGGCAGGGGAGAAAGGGCCGAUUAAACGGAGCGCCAUGGACAUCAAGCGCCUGGCGAGCCUCAUCCAGAGAGGAACAGGCCGCUUGCUGGUGAUUGACAGCAGGACGUUUUCUGAGUAUAAUGCGUCACACGUGCAAGGUGCGGUCAACGUUUGCUGCUCCAAGCUGGUGAAGAGGCGACUGCAGCAGGACAAGGUGUCUGUCACUGAGCUGCUACAGCCCAAUGGCAAGGUGAAGGUAGAGCUGGGCAGGAAGCAGGAAGUGGUGGUUUACGACCAGAGUUCCAAAGAGGCGGGUCAUCUGUCCAAAGACGGCUUCGUACACAUUCUCAUGGGAAAGCUGGAGGGCACCUUUCACAAAGUCUCCCUGCUCACUGGAGGCUUUGCUGCUUUCUCCUCAUGUUUCCCCGGCUUGUGUGAAGGGAAGCCGGCAACUGCUCUACCUAUGAGCUUGUCCCAGCCCUGCUUGCCUGUGGCUAAUGUAGGGCCCACUCGCAUCCUGCCACACCUCUACCUGGGCUCACAGAAAGAUGUCCUCAACAAGGAUCUGAUGGCACAGAAUGGUAUCACCUAUGUGCUGAAUGCUAGCAACACCUGCCCCAAGCCAGAUUUUAUCAGCGAGAGCCACUUCAUGCGCAUCCCAGUUAAUGACAACUACUGCGAGAAAUUGCUUCCCUGGCUGGACAAAACUAAUGAAUUUAUUGACAAAGCUAAGGUGUCAAACUGCAGAGUCAUUGUGCACUGCCUUGCUGGAAUCUCACGUUCAGCAACGAUUGCCAUUGCAUACAUCAUGAAGACAAUGGGCUUGUCAUCAGAUGAUGCCUACAGGUUUGUAAAGGACCGAAGACCGUCCAUAUCCCCCAACUUCAACUUCUUGGGUCAGCUGCUGGAGUUUGAGAAAGGCCUGCAAUUACUCCAAGCUCUAACUUCAAGCUCUGAUGAGAAGAUCUCUGUAGGCAACACUAAACAAAAUUCAGAGGUUAAUGGGGUUAACACAGGUUUCGAGAUAAAUGGUCACCACAGCAACUACGACUCAUCUGUGGCAGAGCCACAGAUCCCACCAGAACCCAAGCUUCCGUCACCCACCUCCCUCCAGCAAGGCUUCAAUGGCUUGCACCUCUCAGCAGAGAGGAUCAUGGACACUAACCGGCUCAAACGCUCCUUCUCUCUGGACAUUAAGUCUGUGUACUCCCCUAAUAGUCCCCACUGCCUCAGCAUGGCACCAACACACUCUGAAGACGUCCCCAAGCUGUGCAAACUUGACAGCCCAGGAACAGGCACCUCUAAUGGUGUCUGCUCCCAGUCUCCCGUCCUAGACAGUCCUAGCUCCUCCGAUUCCCCAUUCCCCUCACCAGGCAGCGGGGGCAGCAUCGGUGGUUUGGGGUUUGGAGGAAGUGAAGGAAUCCAUCGGUCUGGUUCUUCCUCUUCCAGACCCAGAAGAAAACCGAAGCACAGCUCUGGCAGUUCCCCAGUCCACUCCCAACCACACCACCCUCCACAGUCCCUCAGCUUGUCGCUGGACCAUAAGAGCCCCAGCCUGGACGAGAACAUAAAGGGCUCCCUGCUCCUGUCACUACCCUCUCUGCCCACUGUGGGGUCUGGGGCCAUGUGGACCAAACACAGAGACACUGUCCAGGCCACCACUCCUGUCACUCCUGUCACCCCCACCAGAGAUGCCCCCUGGCACUUCGGGGCAGGGGAGGGCGGUGAGGGUGGGAUGGAGCUGGGGGGAGGAGGGGGAGAGAAGUCGUCGGUGAGGUUUGGGAGCAGCUCGGCGUAUGUGGCGUUUGGGUGCAGCGAGGGUGUGCGGUUACGAGACAAAUCUCAGAAGGAGAAGCCCUCAGCGCCACAGACACAGAGAGACCACCGGGACUCCAAAUCGUCGUCCACAAUUACCAUGUCCAACAGUGCAAACAGCAGUGUUCCUGCAUCAGAGAAGCAGUUCAAGCGGCGCAGCUGUCAGAUGGAAUUCGAGGAGGGCAUCUCAGAGACGCGGUCCCGAGAAGAACUGGGAAAGAUCGGGAAGCAGUCGAGCUUCUCUGGGAGCAUGGAGAUCAUCGAGGUAUCCUGACAGAUAAUGGACAUGAUCAGGACUGUCCCUUGGGGACAAAAAUGGACCUGGUUAGAGGGAGUGCAAGAAGAGGAUAUAUGAGGGU